AUGGAAAAGUUCCCUGAUCAUAUCGAUGCGCCCCGUGUGCCCAAUGGCAUAUCUCGAUCUCCCAGCCCCUUGAAACCAGCGUCCGGCUAUGGCCUUCCCAAUGGCAGUAUUUCACAUUCCGAUCGCCGGUCGGCAGCGCCUGCUGCAAAGAAGGAAAAUGGUCACAGCCUCUCAGGGCUCAAUGGUCAUACUCAAAACCUCACGCCUUGGUCCGAGGGCUCAAGGCGAGGGCAUGGUCGCCAAAAGAGCCUGAGUGACGCAUUUCGAACCAUUCGCACCAGAAAAGGGAGUGUCAGCCAGAAUGCGCACGAGAUUGCCGACGCCCUGCGCGCUCCCGUAUCCCCCAAACUUGUUAUUCUCUGCCUCAUGUGGUAUACGUCUUCCGCCUUGACCAAUACCUCCUCGAAAUCCAUCCUCAACGCCUUUGACAAACCCGCGACCUUGACUUUGGUCCAGUUUGCCUUUGUUUCGUCCCUCUGCAUCUUGCUCGCAUGGCUAGCAACUGUCUUCCCAGGCCUUCGCGACAGGGUCUCCGCUCUUCGACAUCCUAUCCGCCAACCAUCUCGAGAUGUGCUCAUGGCUACAUUGCCACUCGCGGCAUUCCAGAUUGGCGGUCACCUAUUGAGUUCGACUGCCACCGCCAAAAUUCCCGUCUCGCUCGUCCAUACGAUUAAAGGGCUAUCUCCGCUGUUCACGGUGCUAGCCUACAGAAUCUUUUAUGAUAUUCGAUACCCACAAGCAACUUAUUGGUCCUUGAUUCCUCUUACAAUAGGAGUCAUGCUCGCCUGUUCCGGAAAACACAGCUACGGAGGGCAAAUGCUUGGAGUAAUCCAGGCUCUUUUAGCCACUCUCAUUUUCGUCACACAAAACAUCGUUUCCAAGAAGAUUUUCAACGAGGCUGCCAAGGCAGAGGCAGAAGGCCCCGGUGGUCGCUCCAAGAAGUUGGACAAGCUCAACUUGUUGUGCUAUUCGUCAGGGAUGGCAUUCGUUGUGACGCUGCCUAUCUGGUUCUGGAGCGAGGGAAUCACCCUGCUGAAGGACUUCUUGCAUGACGGUUCGCUGGAUUUGAGCAACAAGAAAGACGCUAUGGAUCAUGGCCGUCUAACUCUUGAAUUCGUUUUCAAUGGUGUAUUUCACUUUGCCCAGAAUAUUCUAGCCUUCAUCCUGUUGUCCAUGGUGUCACCAGUCACAUACUCUGUGGCCAGCUUGAUCAAGCGGGUGUUUGUUAUUGUCAUGGCCAUUCUUUGGUUCCGGAGCCCCACGACGCCGAUUCAAGCUGUCGGCAUCGCCCUGACCUUCCUUGGGCUGUACUUGUAUGAUCGCUCAAGCGAGAGCAACAGGGCUGAUCGAAAGGCACGGCUAAUGACCGAGUCUCGAGCAGGCUCUCCCUUGCUGCCCUUGGAGGAGAGGCCAAGCAGGCCAGGGAGUAGCAUGAAUGGGGCGGCUGCCCGGCCGCUCAAUGGAGGCUACUUCAGUUCUCUUUCGUCGGGGAACCACUCGAAAAAGUCAAUUGACUAA